AUGUCUGAUGAAGAAAUAACAACAAAUAAUUCUAUGGACAUUGAUAUAGCUCCUGAUGAAUCUUCUUCUUCUCCUGUACCAGCAUCAUCAACUGCUAUACUUGAUAUUGGUAUUGGUGAUGAACAUAUUUCUGGUUCAGAUGAUGAAGAUCUUCAUGAACGACUAACAUCAAAAAGUUCAACACCCGACUCAACAACAAUUCCAAUUCCAAUUACUAAAAUACCUUCAACAACUCGUAAACAUCCAUUAACAAAAAAUAAAUCUUCAUUAGUUAAUUAUGAACGUGAUUCAGAUGAUGAUGAACAUACAGAUGAAGAAGACGAAGAAGAUAAUAAUAAUGAAGAACAAAAUGAUGAUGAUGAUCAAUCAAAUUCAAAUAGUGCUGGUAUAUUACAUGGUACUGGAGAAUCAGAUUCUAUUCCAAUGGAAUCUACGACAUAUACUGAACAAACAAUUGUUACAUCAGAUCUUUUAAAUGUUACACCUUUUAAACCAGACGAUGCAUCACCAUCAUCUCGUAAUGAUUUAACAUCUCAUUAUCCAUUAAUAUUUCCUGAAGAUGCUGAUAUUCGUAUACCACCAGAACCCGCAAAAAAUUGUUCAGCUAAAUUAGAGAAAAAAUUUGAAGAAUAUUAUAAACGAUUUAAAAAAACCGGUGUUGAUCAAAAUGUAGCUAUACAAGAAUUAAAAGAUUUUCGAAAUCCAUGUAUGUAUGAAAAAAUAAUUUCUCAUUUGGAGAUUGAUGAAAUUGGAACAAAUUUUCCACAAGAACUAUAUGAUCCACAUUGGUGGGGUAAAGAAUCAUAUUAUGAAGAAUUAGGUAUGCAUGUUGUUAUUUAUUUUAAGAUAAAUUUAAUUGAUAAGAAGGUUUUUUUAGGUAAAGCACAAAAAAUUGAAAUGGAUCGUAGAGAAAAAGAACGACGAGAACGUCCAAAAAUUGGAUUUACUCCAGGUGUUAAAAAAGUUGAUCAACUUGGUGUUGGUUCAUCGAAUAAUUCUGAUAUAAGUGGUGAAAAACGUAAAACUCGUUUUGAUCAAUGA